UUCAUCUUCACCAAAUCGUUUUUGUGUGUGUGUGUGUUGCCUUGCCGUUCUUUUUUUCUGAUAUAGAAAAUUUUCGUCUUUUAGUACACAACAACAAAAGCAUCAUCAUUUUGGUUUUAGUUCAAUUUUUUUUUGUCGAUUAGUCCAUAUCAUCACUAUAGUAGUAAUAAAUAAAUGCUAGUUUUAUAAUUCUAUAACCAAUUUUCUCACUUGAUUUCAUCAUCAUCAUCAUCUUUUUUUUCUCUUUUAUUUGCUAUCAUUAUCAUCGUAUAUUUAACCAAGUGAUCAAUCCAUUCUUCUUAUAACCAUCGCUAUUCAUAAUCAAAUGUGAUUUUUUUUCUUUAUUUCAAUCGAAAAUAUACUCGAUAUAUUCGAAAAAGUUUUACAUCAUCAUCAGUCUAAUUAUGGAUCAAUCAAAUGAUCAGUCGCCAUCACCAUCAAAUGUUCCUGGGAAUUCUUCGGGUGAAAAUGAUAAUCCAAUAAUCAAUUCGGAAAUAUCAUCAUCAUCCACUUCAUCUCAUUUGGCAAAUACCAUCAUACCAGAAAUUUAUGUUCCACAAACAUCUCGAGAAUUGACUCCUGAAGAGUUACGACGCAAACGACUCUCAAGAUUGGCUGGUGCUGGAGCAUACCAUAAUAAUAACAAUAACCCUGCCGGACAACAACAACAACAACAACAACGACAUCAAGUUCAAUCAUCUAUUAAUGUAGCGGCAUCAUCAACAAUAAUGACAACAUCUGCCAAUUUGUUGCCGCAGCUUGCCGAAUCAAGUCUUCUUCAACAGCAACAGCCAUUGAAUUGUAAUUCAUCAACCAAGACGACGGCAAAUAAUAAUAAAAAAAGAAACGACACCCUCAAUCAUCACCUACAUCAACAGCAAGGAGUGAAUAACCCGGCUAACACUGAACAAGGAAAUGAAUCAUCACUCAAAUAUAAUGUUAAUUUAGAUUUUGUUUCGGAUAAACGAUCAUCAUCAUAUCCAGAACCACCAUCAGCAAUGGAUGUUGAUUGUACUCCUCACAAUGAUAAAAUGAAUCCAAAUAUUGGCGGUUCAGAUGCUCGUAUCGAGAAGAUGGAUGUAGAUAAUAUUGAAGAACGUCGUGAAAAUCUUAAACGACAACGAGAUAAUUCAUUCGAGUCAAAAUCUGAUAUUGUUCUUGAUUCAUUUGAAGAAUCAAAUUCAUUAUCGUUGACAAUUUUCAAUAUAAUAUCGAAAACAUUUAAUGUUGAAAUUUCCAAUGAAAAUAAUGGCAACAAUGACCAAUUGAUUCAUUCACCAGUCACAAUAAAUCUUCAAGAAUUUAAAACUAAAAUCAAACCAACCGAUGAUUACAAGAAUAUUAUUCAAUUCAUUCUCAUGGAAAUUGUAACGAAUCUCAUUAAUCAACCGGUCAGUUUUGAUGAUAGUCUCGCUUAUUUCAAUAAAUUCAAACCAGAAAAUUUUGAAUCAAUCAUUCAAUCAACAUUCAAAAUCAAAAAGAACAAUGAUUUUGAAGCCGUGAAUUUUAUGUCAUAUCGUAAUAAAUAUAUUUUAGCCCUAUCAUAUGUGCUGGAUUCAUUCAAUCGAGCCAACAAAGAAGAAAAAUUAACAUUGGAAAAAUAUGAAACACCAAUCAUUCGCGAUUUAUUGGCAUCGAUUAAAAAUCAAUGCAUCAAUUUUGUUGCAUUGAUCAUGAAUCAAUCGGAAUCGGAUUCAUAUCUUAUAAAUUAUUUCCUGCAAUUAUUGUAUUCACAAAAAUUACAUCCAGAUUUUAUCAAUAGUUUUAUUGUCAACACCUAUAAUCACUAUUCACCUACAUUGUUUGCAGCAAUUUUUGAACCAAUUUUACAAAAUCUUUGGUUAGAUAUGAAUUCCUAUUGUUCAUUCAUUUAUGAUAAUCAUAAAUUACCAUUACAAAUACUUAAUCAGAUUUGUAAUGUUUCGGUCGGAAAAUCCAAUUAUCCAAUUGGUGAAUUGCUAACAAAUUCUCAAACGAUAAAUUGGUUAUUACCGGCUACCAUUUCAGAAUCGAAUGGUCGUGAAUUUUCUAAAAUUGCAUACAUGUCACCAUUUUUGCGAUUGUCAGUGUUUGCUGAAGAUGAUCCAAAAAUUGUCGAUAAAUACUAUCCAAGUAAAAAUGGUCAUGAUGUAGUCAAACAAACGACAAUAGAUCUGCAAAAUACUUUGGAUUAUAUUCGUCGUGAUCUACUAUAUCCAAUAUUUCAUUCUUUAUUAUUGAAUCAUAAAAGUCGUGCAAGAACUGUUGAAUUUUUCACUGAAGCAUUACUGAGAAACAGUACUCGUUCACGUUUACAUUUGGAUGAAAAAUCUGUUGCAUCCGAUGGCUUUUUCACCAAUCUCACUAGUGUUUUACAAUUACUUUCGGUGAAAAUCAAGCGUGAAAAAAUUGAUCCAUUAUUUCCUAUGAAUCAAAACAAUCCAUUGGCCAUCAAAAAAGAUGAUUCACGAAUCAAGUUCAAUCAAGCUGAAGCCGAGAAAUGGCUUGAACAAGAGAUGGCAAAACCAGAUUUUGCUUGGAAUGAAGUAACAUUUUCGACACAAUGUUUUUUUCAAACUUUAUAUGCACAUCAUAUAAGCGUCAUACCAUGCAUCCGAAAACAUAUGCGGCGUUUGAGAACCAUCCGAGAAUUGAAUCGUUUCAUUGAAGCUCACCAGACUGAUCAAUCCAAUCGGCUGCGUCGUUAUAAAGAACAAAUGUUGCGAUAUCAUAAAUCAAAACUUUGUGCUGAAGCUGGCCUAUUGGACGAACGAUUCCUUGGUCGUUGUAUGAUAUUCUAUAAUCAAUUUAUUCAUUUCUUGUUGAAAUUAAUUAAUUGUGAUAAUGAAUAUGAUCUGGAAUUACCAUUGCCUCAAAAUGUACCACCAAUUUUUGCCAGUUAUCCAGAUUGGUAUCUAGAGGAUUUGGCUGAUUUUCUUAUCUUCAUUAUUCAACAUUGUUCGACAAUAUUGGAACCACCAAAUCCAUAUUAUGAUUCAGCCAAUUUUGAAUGCUUGAUUCUAUUCAUUAUAGUGGUCAUUUGUUCACCACAUUAUAUAAACAAUCCCUAUUUGACUGCAAAAUUCAUCGAAAUUGUUUUUCUAUCGAGCCCAAUUGUCAACACUCAUUCAUCGACAUUUCACGCAAAAAUCAUGAAUCAUCCAUUAGCCGAUCAAUAUCUAGUUCGUGCUCUAAUGAAAUUCUACACUGAUGUUGAAAUCACUGGUACCUCGAAUGAAUUUUAUGAUAAAUUUACCAUUCGUUAUCAUAUUAGUAUUAUAUUCAAAUCAUUUUGGACAAAUCAAAAACAACAAUUUGCCAUUAUUAAUGAAGCCGAUAAUGGAAAAAAUUUUGUCAAAUUCAUCAACAUGUUGAUGAACGACACGACUUUCUUGUUGGAUGAAGCAUUGGUUUCUUUGAAACGAAUUCAUGAAAUUAAAGAGGACAUGAAAAAUCCUGAAAAUUGGAAUAGACAAACACGAGAACAACGAGAAACUCGUGAACGCCAACUAGCAUUCGAUGAACGGCAAUGUCGUUCAUUUUUAAUUUUGGCUGUCGAGAAUGUUGACAUGUUGCAUUAUCUGACAAAAACGGUACAAAAACCUUUCGAAGCUGUGGAACUCAUUGAUAGAUUGGCUGCAAUGCUCAACUUUAAUCUACAACAGCUUUGUGGUAAAAAAUGUAAAAGUCUUAAAGUUCCAAAUCCAGAAAAAUAUGGUUGGGAUCCCAAAUAUUUACUCGACAAGAUUACUGAUAUUUAUUUGCAUUUAAAGUCCAAAAAAUUUUAUCAAGCCAUUGCCAAUGAUGAACGAUCAUAUAGUCAUGAAUUAUUCAAAGAUGCUGCAUCGAAAAUGGAACGUAUCCAUAUUAAAUCACAACAUAAAAUUGAAUCAUUUUUAUUGAUUAUAUCAGAAGUGGAAAAAAUUCUCGAGGUUAAAAAACAGAUGGAAAUUGAUUUUAGUGAUGCACCAGAAAAUUAUAAAGAUCCAUUAAUGGAUACAAUUAUGGAUGAUCCGGUUAUAUUGCCAAGUGGAAACAUAAUGGACCGAUCUGUGAUAAUUCGUCACUUGUUGAAUGCUUCUACUGAUCCAUUCAAUCGUCAACCAUUGAAUGAAGAUAUGCUUGUACCAAAUGAUAAGCUUCGACAAGAAAUCAAAGAAUGGAAACAGCAGAAGAUUCGCAAUGCAAAACAUGAAAAGAAAAACGCUGAAACUGAUACCGAUGAAACUGAAGAACAAUGAAUUUGUAAUGAAAAUCAUUAUACAUUGUACAUAUAUAAAUUUUAAAAUAAUGAAAAAAUAACUAAAUAUACUGGCUAUAAAAUGUGCAUGUUUUUAUUAUUUUUUUUUUCUUACAACAUGGAAAAAUUGAAUAAAAUAAACUUCAAAACAUGA